CGCAAGUUAGAGCAUAUGCAUAGUUUGUUAAUGAAAAAGGUGAUCAUGUACUCCUCUCAAACAACCCACGUCUUCCCUUCCCCUCUCCACUGCACCAUUCCAAAAUCUUCUUCCUUCUUCCUCGAUGCCCCGGUGGCGCGUCUCCAUUGUCUAAGUGGCCACGGUGCUAAGAAGAAACGACUUCACUUUGACAUUCAACAGGGAAGAAAUGCUGUAAGCAAGACUCACACUCCAGACGACUUAUAUGCCAAACAGGAAUACAGUGUGCCAGAGAUUGUGAAGGAUGACGACAAGGAAGAGGAAGUGGUCAAGAUUAAAGAACAUGUUGACAUCAUUAAGUCCAUGUUGAGCUCAAUGGAGGAUGGAGAGAUUAGCAUUUCAGCUUAUGACACUGCUUGGGUUGCACUCAUACAAGACAUUCACAACAAUGGUGCUCCUCAAUUCCCAUCUAGCCUGCUCUGGAUUGCUGAGAAUCAGCUACCGGACGGGUCAUGGGGUGACAGUCGCGUAUUUUUAGCAUUUGAUCGAAUAAUCAAUACAUUAGCUUGUGUUGUUGCUCUCAAGUCAUGGAAUGUUCACCCUGAUAAAUGCGAAAGAGGAAUCUCCUUUUUGAAAGAAAAUAUAAGCAUGCUAGAAAAAGACGAUUCCGAGCACAUGCUUGUUGGCUUUGAAUUUGGUUUCCCUGUGUUGCUUGACAUGGCUCGAAGAUUAGGCAUCGAUGUUCCUGAUGAUUCGCCAUUCUUGCAAGCUAUCUACGUCCAGAGAGACCUGAAACUCAAAAGGAUACCAAAAGACAUAUUGCACAAUGUGCCCACGACACUGCUCCAUAGCUUGGAAGCAAUACCAGACCUGGAUUGGACAAAGCUUCUAAAACUACAAUGUCAAGAUGGUUCACUCUUGUUCUCCCCAUCCUCCACUGCCAUGGCAUUCAUCAACACUAAGGACGAAAACUGCUUGAGAUAUCUAAAUUAUGUGGUCCAGAGAUUCAAUGGUGGAGCCCCAACGGUUUACCCCUACGACUUGUUUGAGCACAAUUGGGCGGUUGAUCGCCUACAACGCUUGGGAAUCUCAAGAUUUUUUCAGCCAGAGAUUAGAGAAUGUAUGAGCUAUGUUUACAGGUAUUGGACUAAAGAUGGGAUCUUCUGCACAAGAAAUUCACGGGUUCAUGAUGUUGACGAUACAGCCAUGGGAUUCAGGUUGCUUAGAUUGCACGGCUAUGAAGUUCACCCUGAUGCAUUUAGGCAGUUUAAGAAGGGAUGCGAGUUUAUAUGCUAUGAAGGCCAAUCGCAUCCGACAGUCACUGUAAUGUAUAACCUGUACAGGGCUUCUCAGUUGAUGUUUCCUGAAGAAAAGAUUCUUGAUGAGGCCAAGCAGUUCACAGAAAAAUUCCUGGGAGAAAAACGAUCUGCUAAUAAGCUCCUAGAUAAGUGGAUCAUAACUAAGGAUCUGCCAGGGGAGGUGGGGUUCGCAUUGGAUGUUCCGUGGUAUGCAUCCUUGCCUAGAGUGGAGGCAAGAUUCUUCAUUCAACACUACGGCGGCGAAGAUGAUGUAUGGCUUGACAAGGCCCUUUACAGGAUGCCCUACGUUAACAACAAUGUGUAUCUAGAGCUAGCAAAGCUCGAUUACAAUUAUUGCCAAGCAUUGCAUCGAACCGAAUGGGGCCGUAUACAAAAGUGGUAUGAAGAAUGUAAACCAAGAGACUUUGGGAUAAGCAGAGAAUGCCUUCUCCGUGCAUAUUUUAUGGCUGCUGCCAGUAUAUUUGAGCCAGAAAGGUCGAUGGAGCGCCUCGCCUGGGCUAAGACUGCGAUCUUGCUGGAAAUUAUAGUAUCUUAUUUCAAUGAGGUUGGGAAUUCCACAGAGCAGAGGAUAGCCUUCACAACUGAAUUUUCGAUACGUGCAAGUCCUAUGGGAGGCUACAUAAAUGGAAGAAAGUUAGAUAAGAUUGGUACAACCCAAGAACUUAUUCAGAUGCUACUUGCAACCAUCGAUCAGUUUUCACAGGAUGCAUUCGCGGCAUAUGAUCACGACAUUACUCGCCAUUUACACAACUCUUGGAAAAUGUGGCUGCUAAAGUGGCAAGAAGAAGGAGAUAGAUGGCUGGGAGAAGCAGAGUUAGUGAUACAAACUAUAAAUCUCAUGGCGGAUCAUAAGAUCGCUGAGAAGCUCUUUAUGGGACAUACUAACUAUGAACAACUCUUCAGCCUCACCAACAAAGUUUGCUAUAGUCUUGGUCAUCAUGAGCUCCAAAACAACAGAGAACUGGAGCAUGACAUGCAAAGACUAGUGCAGUUGGUGCUGACGAAUUCCUCAGAUGGUAUCGACUCUGAUAUCAAGAAAACGUUUCUCGCAGUCGCAAAGAGAUUCUACUAUACUGCCUUUGUCGACCCUGAGACCGUGAAUGUCCACAUUGCCAAAGUACUCUUUGAGAGAGUAGAUUAACAUUUGAUUUGUUUCUUUGUAAAAGCAUUCAUAUGCUUUUCGCAUGUAAAAGAAUACACAGUACUGUUGAUGAUGAUCUUGUUGUGCUCAGAUUUUCAAAUAUGGAGUAGUACUACUAAUUGUGAACAAAAUCUUAUGGGUGCUAUGAACGAAGAACAACAAUAUGGACGAAGACAAGUAGAUUUAAUUUUAUUUGCUAAUGGUCAGUACAUAGGGAUGUACCUCUUUCAACCAUGUAGCAACUUGCUGCCUCCCCUGCCUUACUCCCCUGCCUUACUCUCACGCUUCGUAGGGGAAAAGGUCUCAAGGAUAUAUAUGAGAAUGAAGUCUGUUGUGUAUGUAACUGAUUGAAAGUCGAUUUUCGAUAUAAAAAGUAGGCAUGGAUGAUGGAUCGUUCAUACAUGGAAAGUUCCUCGCUUCAAA